CGCCCUGGAGGGGAUGGAGGCCGGGACGCACCUCGAAGUCCCCGAGGACGAAGAGGAGGCGCUGCCUCACUCCGAGGCGGUCGACGUGUUCCAGGAGGGACUCGCCAUGGUGGUGCAGGACCCGCUUCUCUGCGACCUCCCGAUCCAGGUCACUUUGGAAGAGGUCAAUUCCCAGAUAGCACUAGAAUAUGGCCAAGCGAUGACGGUCCGAGUGUGCAAGAUGGAUGGAGAAGUCAUGCCUGUGGUGGUGGUGCAGAAUGCCACAGUCCUGGACCUGAAGAAGGCCAUCCAGAGAUACGUGCAGCUCAGGCAGGAGCGCGAAGGGGGCAUCCAGCACAUCAGCUGGACCUAUGUGUGGAGGACAUACCAUCUGACCUCUGCCGGAGAGAAGCUCACAGAGGACAAGAAGCAGCUCCGGGAUUAUGGAAUCCGCAAUCGGGACGAGGUGUCCUUCAUCAAAAAGCUGCGGCAGAAGUGAACUCUUGAGAGGGCUCUUCUGAGAGCUGAGCUGUGACCCCACCUGGAGGAAGCCAAAGGCUACCAACUCCUCUCCGAGAUCCUGGAGGUGACCCUGGCCAGACUAUUGGUGCUGGCCCUCGGGACCUGGGCUGUUAGAGCUGGUGCUUGUUUCUCUUCCAUUUGUCCGGCCUAAAGAACCUGAUCCUUCCCAGGACCCAAACACUAAUCCCGUGAUGGACCCCAUGGGGCUGUGGACCCAAAUCUGU